AUGGCCUCCCGAGCCAGAGAUCCCCACCUUCAGCUGGACAUACGACAUGUCUUGGUGUGCUUCCUUGGGAUCAUCAGCUCGGUAGCAGCUCAGAACAGCAUUCCUUUGGUGGCCAUCUCGGCAGUUCCAGAAGCUCAAACCACCCUCCCACCAGGUGAAUUGAAGGGCACAUACAUUGCUUCCGAUGGGUCCCUGUCUUCUGUGUUUUGUGCACCGGGCGAAGCUUUUAUUGUCCUGGCCAACUAUGCCGCUUGCUGUCUAUCGGGAGUCGCAUGUGACUUUGGGGUAGAAUGCAAUGGUUCAGCUCUACGCUGUUUUGGUACCACGAUCUUUGACAUAUUUCCCUCACCAACAUCAAGCUGGGUUGAUUGGGGGUGUCUCACGGGGGACCCAAUCGCUGCAAUCUACUUAUACGUAGAAACAGCCGUAGAGAUAACACAACAUGUCACGGUGACAAUAUCAUCGGGCACCUUAACGAUCACAACACCGGGCAGUGGCACCGUACUGGUCACCAGAACUAGAACGGUGAGGUCGUCAGAUAUUCCACCGAACACUGAAUCAACCACAGGGCCGGUGAGCUCGUCAAGCAAAUCAGAAAAUAAUUCAUCUACCACUACCAGAGAUUCAGCGCCUACAUCAAGCACAACAUUCUACGGGAAUCCCGUACCAGAGACACCUGCAAGGCCUGCUUCAUCAAGAGCCUGGAUAGCCGGAGUCGUGGCUGGACCUCUCCUCGCCUUGGUAGCCGUCGGUGGCCUCCUCUACUGGUUGAGACGACACAGGCAAGGAAAGACUUUGGCAGAGAGCGGAGGUUUGGGACCUGACAUUCACGCUAGCGAUCCUCCGUGUAUUCAAGCGGAUUUUGCACAGUCAGCGGAAUUGUCAGGGAAAACAUCUGAUACUCCUCCUGUGUGCGAGCUGGAGGCAACGGAGGUGCAUCAGGGACCUUUUCGGGGAACAGGUGGAGCGAUGCGAUUGUAA